ACGUCAAGUAGAGAAAAGUUCUGGUGCAGUGAAACGAGGGAAUUUUGUAAGGGGAAAAUAGGGUUGGAGACCACCAAGGAGGCAGAAGACAACGACUGCCCAUCAGCCAGAGACACAUUAACCUCUUGCAAAAGUUUGCCGCAGUUAAAGCAACUCUUUGGGACGAGGCUGUUCGAAGCCUAAACCCGGAGUUGUCCAGAGACUUGGCUCUUUGAUUGGUUUUUGCAUCCAGUGAGGGAGGGGACCUUUGGAGCACAGGGCGCUUAAAUCGACUGCACCUCCGAGCUCACCUCCGCCUAUACUCCGCGAGACCCCGACACCCGAGGAGUGAAAUGUGACCCUUCGCAGUCCCUGCCCACGUUCUGGCCCAGGAAGUUGGGUCCUGCUGUGCAGCCCUCGCUGGUGAACUGACUUCUGAAAAGCCCAAAGACGAACGCUUCUUUUAAGUUGACGGGGACGGUCAGCCCAGAGAGGCCGUUACUUCGCACCUUGGCCCAACAGCCCACAAAGCCGCACCGUUCUGCUGUUGGGGGGGGGUGCUAAGCUAAGGAGCGUUGCCACUGAAAUACCGGACCCAGCCCCCACAUUGAACACAGACCCAGCCCCACGUUUAACACCAGAAGAUAGGAGAGAGCAAAGAAAGAUCUUUCUGUCUGAUUUCCCCGGACAAUCGCGGGCCUUUUGUACUGAAAGAAAAACGCUUUAAAAAGAAAAUGUCAUCUUUCAAACUGAUUAUCUGCAUAGUCUCUGCUCGCAGAAUAUCAGCCUUCAAGUCCUGAAUAGUUUGAAAUUAGUUCCCUUUUUUUUUAAAAUAAAAACUCGGCGCUACAAAUGAUUUGAGUAUUUUUUUUAUUUUUCCACCAAAAAUACUUUGAGGAAAUUGGUUAAUACCCAGUUUAAGUUGCCAAUCCUGCACUAGGUUCCUGUACUAAGGUUGAAGCUGUGCUGAUGUAUCUGGCUUUAUACAAGACUGUGUGUUGUGCAACAAACUCUUGUCAGUCUUCUACCCCUGCACAGUUACUCUGUAGAUAAAGUUUAGGGUCUACAGAGGGACGAAAAAUGAGUUUAGGAAAGUUGCCUGUCCUCAAGAACCUGGUCUCCAGCAAGCGUAGGUUCAAGUCCGAGCUGACCCCCGACAUGAUCAGCUCCCCGCUGGGGGACUUCCGCCACACCAUGCACGUGGGCCGGGGUGGAGAUGUCUUUGGCGACACCUCCUUUCUCAGUGACCACGGCGGGGAGAAGGCGCGUGAGAAAACCAAGUCCAACCCGCUCGUCCGGGCGCUGAGAAACGUCAGGAAGUCGCCCAUGAGGAGCCGCAACAAUAGCCGGGAGAUGUCGCCCCCACCGACUGUGUCUCCCAUUAUUAAGAAUGCCGUCUCUUUGCCACAUCUGUUGGAGACAAAGAAUGGGUCGGUGGAAUGGCUCAAUUUCAAAAGUGUGAUGUCAAGUCCAGGUGUGAUGGAUGGAUCAUACGGGUUGGAGUCAGGAUUCUGCACCCUUCCGAGAUGGUCCAGAUUGGAUAAACCAAAGGAGAACUCGACGGUAGCGGACUCAGAGAAACCAGCAGACAAUUUGGACAUCACGGAUUUUGAGCUUCCCCACACGGACUCCUUACUCUCCUUCAGCCUGGAUUUGGGGCCCUCUCUGAUGGCUGAGGUGUUGGGGGUCAUGACGAAGGAGGCCCCUGAGAGCCAGGGCAAGGCCAUGCCUCCCGUGAAAUUUAGUCUGGAGGGUUCUUGCGGCCAGGGGGAUUUAAAGGGACUUCAGCAAAACGGCGACUCUUACCCAAAGGGUCAUCAGGAGCCUGUGGGCGAGGUUAACCAGCCGGGGGUUUUGAGGGAGCCUUCACCCUUCACCCAGAAGGGCGAGAUGUUCUUGCACCCCAACGAUGUGGCUGGUCUGAGGGGGACGCAGGACUUUACGGCAGAGAGACAUGUUCUGCGGCAUUAUGGUGUGUCCAUAAGCUACCCGGAUUCAACUGAUCCUGGCACCAAGAGAGGCGGCGUUCGCGAGUAUCGGACCAGCCCCCAGCAGCUCUUCACCCACAGGGAGGCAGUUGGCGGUCAAGAGGGCAGUCCGCCAAUGGGCAGCGCUGCCCAUCGCCUUCUCGGCCGCCAGUUUGUUGCCAGCCUCGCACAGGAGCCGGGCCAGCACGUGGGGGCCCCGGCCUCUGAGAAGGUGGGGAGCAGGUCCCCGGGGAGCUGGAGAGGACAGUCGCCGUCGUCAGGGCAACGUGACCCAGCGGACGGUGAGGAGACCAGCCUCCAGCUGAGAGGUGAGGGACACAGGGAGGACUACAGGGAGAGGCGCCUGUCCCCAGCACAGGAAAUGGCCUUCAGCCCACUGAAGACUGAGGCCUUUGCCUUUGCCGACGAAGAUGAUGAAAUCCGGGUUUGAUUGCCCAGCUCUAAUAAUAGAGACAUCGUUAUCCGCUAAUUAUUAUUAAUGGACCCUCCUCUUAAAGGGACACAGACAUGUUUUCUCAUUGUCUUUAUACAUAAUACCAUGGGACACUUUAAGAUCCAUUCCCCAAUUGCAAGGUGCCUCAGUGGGUGAGGGCAACACUCGACAGAAUAGCAAGAUUCCUGGACCGUGCUGAGUUAGUUGGCCGCAGUGUUAAAGGUUGGUCUCAAUGUCUUGGGGCUAGGGAAGGUAGGUGGGGAGGAAGAGCCAGAACUUGCUGUGGGCGGCUCUCUGCUGAAUGAUGCUCCUGCAUUGAUGUUGACGGGGGAGAAGUCAGGGCCAAUGCCCCAUCACCUGGUUGAAUAUCCUGCCCACAUUCAGAGCCCAGACUCGUGGGGACUCUCUGCCACAUUGUCAGCUGGCGUAGUGUGGCACAUCCAGUCUCCU